AUGGCUCACAACAACAACAACAACAAUGUUUGUUUGUGUUCGAUUUGCACUGACAUUCCCAAUCCCAAGGUUUGUCUCCAUUUAUCACUCGCUCCUUGUUGUCCAUGGUCAUGUACAACAAUAAACGACGAUGAUAAUAAUGAACCAUGUACAGCAGCAAUAAUGGGUUUAAAGAGAAAGCAUGUGCAGCAGCAAAAAACCAACGUUGUUUCAAGAAAAAAGACAAAGACAUACAAUGAUGAAGAUUGGGAGAUAAAAAAGGUGUUGACAGAAAGUGAUUCUUUUGGAGUUACAUGUAGACUUUUAAUAGGAAAAAAAUUGGCUGAAGAAUUGGUGGUUCCUGUGUUGGUUGGUGAUGUUGCAAAGGGAAUUGAAGUGAAAAUAUGGGAUUGUGACACUAACACUAUGUACUUUCUCACUUUUAAGAAAUUUAUUUCAGGAAGCUAUGGUUUCAAUGGUAAUUGGACCAAAGAUUUUGUAGCUAGAAGGGGUUUAAAGACAGGAGAUUUGAUUGGUCUUCAUUGGGAUCAAUACAACAAGUGCUUUGAUUUCUCCAUUCUAGAGGUCAAUCACCAUUAUAGUUAG